AAUUUCGAAUUUGGCUGUUGACUCUAUCAGGAUAAGCAAUUCACGACGCUGGCCAUUCAUUACUACAACGUUAAUACUAUAAAUAGUUAGGGAGAUCCACACCAAACACAGAGCAAACGAAUUCUGAGUUUAAUUUCUGUAACCUGUAGAAAUUGCUUCUGUUAAUCAUGGGUUUCAUGCCUUUUAUCAUUCUUGUUUGCAUGUUUUGUGUCAGUCCAUGGCCUGCAUUUGCUGCUGAUGGUCCAGAAAGGAGUAGUUUACAGACCUACAUAGUUCUGCUUGAAGGGCCUGAUGGAGAAGUUACCACUCAGUCCGAGGAUUUAGAGAGCUGGUACCAGUCAUUUCUGCCAGCAAGCACAGCAAGCUCGAACGAUGGAGAAGCACGCAUCGUUUACUCCUAUCGCAACGUGUUUAAGGGAUUUGCUGCUAAGUUGACUGCCGAUGAUGUGAAAAACAUGGAAAAGAAGGAUGGAUUUGUCUCGGCGCGGCCUGAGAAAGUUUUGUCGUUGCACACAACGCAUACCCCUAACUUUUUGGGGUUGAAUCAGAACAUGGGCUUGUGGAGAGAUUCCAACUAUGGGAAAGGUGUGAUCAUUGGAGUCUUGGACACUGGAGUGUUUCCUGAACACCCUUCGUUUAGUGAUGAAGGCAUGCCGCCUCCACCGGCUAAAUGGAAGGGGAAGUGUGAGUUUAAUCACACUACUUGCAACAACAAAAUCAUUGGAGCUAGGUACUUUGAAACCGAAGACAUAAGUCCACUUGAUGAUGACGGCCAUGGUACUCACACCGCGAGCACUGCUGCUGGUAACUUUGUGAGAGGUGCUAAUGUUUUCGGCAAUGCUAAUGGCACUGCGGCUGGGAUUGCCCCGCUUGCUCACCUGGCCAUUUACAGAGUGUGUGGCUUUCUCUGUUCUGAAAGCACUAUACUUGCCGGAAUGGACGCUGCUGUAGAGGAUGGAGUGGAUGUGCUCUCUCUUUCUCUUGGCUCACUUACCAACAAUUUCUACCAAGAUUUCAUUGCGUUGGGUGCGUUUAGCGCGAUGGAGAAGGUUCUCCUCUCCAUAGCGAACGAGGCCCCUUGGAUUCUCACGGUUGGUGCAAGCACUAUAGACAGAAAAAUAAGGGCGACUGCAGUUCUUGGAAAUAAUCAAGAAUACCAUGGCGAGUCUGCUUUUCAACCAAAGGAUUUUCGUGCAACAAUGUUGCCUCUGGUUUAUGCAGGGAUGCUUAAUGCUAGUGAUCCUUUUGCUCCAUAUUGCAGCCCGUCGUUGAAUGAAUCAGACAUCCGAGGGAAAAUUGUGGUGUGUGAACUAGGUGGAGGAAUGACUAGAGUGGGCAAGGGAGAAGCUGUAAAAAGUGCUGGUGGUGCCGGCAUGAUCCUGUUAAACAAUGAGCGGUCUGCAAACACCACGUCUGCAGAAGUUCAUGUCCUUCCAGCAACACAUGUCAGUUAUGCAGCUGGAUUAAAGAUCAAAGCCUAUAUUAAUUCAACGUCGACACCCACGGCUACAAUUCGUUUUGAAGGGACUGUGAUUGGUGAUGAUCGUGCACCAGUGGUUGCUGCAUUUUCUUCCAGGGGACCAAACUUUGUAAGCCGUGGCAUCCUGAAGCCCGACAUUUUGGGUCCUGGGGUCAACAUUCUUGCAGCGUGGCCUACUUCUGUGGAAAACAAAACCAACACGAAAUCCACAUUCAACAUUAUUUCGGGCACCUCUAUGUCAUGCCCACACCUUAGCGGUGUGGCAGCACUCCUCAAAAGCACACAUCCUGACUGGUCUCCUGCUGCAAUCAAGUCGGCAAUCAUGACUACUGCAGAUGUUGUAAACCUGGCACGGCAUCCAAUUGAGGACGAACAGUUCGUUCCAGCCAGCAUCUUUGCCACUGGAGCAGGCCAUGUGAAUCCAUCAAGAGCAAAUGAUCCAGGACUCGUGUAUGACAUCCAACCCAAAGAUUACAUUCCUUAUUUGUGUGGUUUGAACUACACAAACCGAGAAGUUGGCUUCUUUCUACAACGCAGGGUGAAUUGCUCACUCGAAUCUAGUAUACCAGAAGGCCAACUGAACUAUCCUGCAUUCGCCCUCACGUUUUCAUCUCAAUCAACUUCCCAGACGUAUACCAGGACAGUAACAAAUGUUGGCGAUCCUAACUCAUCUUACAUUGUCGAUGUCGUCCCACCACCUGGCAUUGAUAUGCUUGUCGAGCCGGAUACACUCAGCUUCACAGAGACAAACCAGAAAAUGCAGUAUCAGGUUACAUUCAGCAGAUCGGCAUCUGCCGCUAACAACACAGUUGUUCAAGGUUUCUUGGCCUGGAAUUCUUCCAGGCACUCUGUUAGGAGCCCCAUUGCAGUUAUACUGCAGUGACAGAUGCUGGAAGAAUCUUUAAAUCAAACACUGGAAUAAUUAUUCUAUAAUUAACUACUUGUUAUGCAUUAUUUGAUGUCAUCAUUGAAUAAAGUGUAGUGGUUUGUUGCAGA